GUCUCUGGUUCUCUUCCCUGCGGUUACUUGUUUUUUCACCAAAUAACCGCCCAUUACAAGGGCCACAAGCCUUUUGAUUCCGCACGAUUUUAGUUGGAACUGUUCCUCAGCAACUGCAGAAAGAAAGAUUGCAAUUUGCAAUAUCGUACGAUUUCUCCUCCGUCGAAAGGCGGGUGUUCCAUUUAAUGGAUACUUCAAAUGGGUAUUCCGCGAAUUACCAUCACUAUUCGGCCUCCUUUGCUGCUUCACACCGAGAUGUCACUUACAGUUGUGGUGCUUGUGGAUAUGAUCUAAACCUGAACUCAUCCAGUCGGAAUACAGAAACAAUUGGUUCCAAAUAUGGUAAAUCCAUGAAGAAAGGGAUCAUUUCCUUUUUCUCCAUUGACGAGAGCAGGUUUAAUCAGGUUGAUGAGUUCAGAUGUAUUCCAUACUUCAUCUCCAAGCAUUGUUGGGGUUUAUUUCGUCAUAAGACAAAACUUCUGUGCCGGAAAUGUGGAAAUUAUAUUGGAAAUAGUUGUGUUGACAAAAACGCUGCAUCUUACCAUCCUAUAACAACUGGGACAGGCUCACCCACUUCUGUCGAAACCUCCAGUAAGAGAAAAUAUGAUAUCAAAAUUCGCUCGGUGCAACCUUCUUCAGCCGGUUUCGGUACCCCUCUUGUGCUAUGAUAAUUGUCUAAAGUUGAUUUUUUUUAUCUUCAUGUUUUAUGAUCAAUGCAAGGGUUCACUAGAUAUAUGUUUACAUACUGCAAAUUGAUGAUUAAACUAGUGCUUCAUAUGGUGAAAAGGUCAUACCAGAAGUCACUGCAAUGCUAAGUUGUUUUUCCUUAAAAUGAAGCAGUGGGCAACAGAUUUGACUGAUGUAAAUUGCUCUCUUUUUUUCAUUUUUUUUUAUUGGUAAGUCUCUUGCAUUGAUUA